CCAAACCCAAACAUGAGUGCACAUCAAGAAGCGAAAAUGGGAAGAGGAGGUGGGUACCAACAGCAAUACUAUGGCUAUGGCGGCAGUGAUGGUGGCAUGUGGAUGGAUCAGCAACAACAACAACACUAUGCUGUUCAUCAGCAACACUGCUGGGGCUCUCCACCCAUGAAGCCUCCUUCUUCAUAUUCAGCCGCCGUUUGCGGUGGCGCUGCUGCUGCUGCUGGUGGACUCGGUAUGCAUCACCACCACCACCAAAGUUAUGAGGAUAAUGCUGCUGCUGGUGGACUUGGUAUGCAUCAUCACCACCACCAAAGUUAUGAGGAUAAUGCUGCUGCUUACGGUUCUUUGGGCGGCGGCCACCACCACAACAACCACCACGGCUACGGCAGCACCGUUCCCGGAGGACUCAACAAAGUCAGCUCUGGUGGGUAUAACCGCUACGCCGAAGAGGUGGCUGAUCAGUAUGAGAUGGGGCACAAUUAUGGCGGUGGGAAUAUGAUGAUGAUGAAGCAGCAUGAGGAGCAUGAGGAUGAGAUGAGGAUGAGAAUGGAGUCUCACAGCUAUGGCCUCAAUAAUCCCUACAACAGUAGUGUUCACUACUGAAGGCCUAAAUACCCUAACAGUCACCUUCAGCAGCUCUACUGGAACCAGAAGGGAGUCUGAUUAAUCCAACCCUAAACACUCUAAUAUGGCGUCUUCUUGUUUCAUGCUAAUAAACUUUCUAUCAGCUCUUUUAUUGCCCAAAAAAGGAAAAAAAGAAGCUUAACUAUAAUAAGCUUUAUCACCUGUGAGCCCUGUGCUGAACUCACACAUAUGCAACCUCUGGUCUUGGUUUAAUUGUCAGAUGCAUAUGUACGUAUGUCUUUGCUUGUCCUUGCUUAGUAAUAUCUGUGCCAUAUAUAGUAUAAA